AUGCUGGCACAUACUAUCCUGGUGUCUCUCGCGGGGCUUGCACUCGCGGUCCCCUUUCCAGAUUCCAAUCAUCAUGUCGCUCCACGAGCAAAGCGUGAUGACACUGCUAUCAUCGCCAGUAAAUGUGAUUCACCGUGCGAGAUACGGUUUUCGGCUAUCACGACCACCAUGACCGUAUCCGCGCCGCCGCAGACCAUGAACAUUGACGGCAUUGACCACCCAGUCACGGUAACAUUCACGCCAGUGACCACGGCCACCACGCUUCAACCAGUUGCCAAAACAGUGGAAAACACCGAUCCGGCAGCGACGCCAACCAUCUCCGUCGAUGCAGUGAACUUGGGGUCCGUGACUCUGUUCGGCUCCGCAUACAAUUAUAACUGGAACGUGGCCGCGCACGCGCAAAUGUACACCUCGCCGCAUCCAUACGUUCUGGCCAACAGCAUGAAUCCAUACCACCUCGACAGCAAUUGCGCCUUUGUCACAAUGGCCAAGCUGAUGAACAUGGGUUUACACCCUUUCUUGAACAUGAUUGGCAUGAUGCAAAACGCCGACCAUGGCAUCAGCACAACUGAACUCAAGCAAGCUUUGAGUGAAAUCAGAUUGCACGGAAACUUUAUGACUUGGUAUGUCCUCACAUUGGCCCUUUCCGCUUCGUGA